GGAAUGAACUUGCAGGAAAGAAAGUCAAUACAGUGCAAUCAAAUUUGACGGUCAAAGAAAGCGCGUGAGUGAGCGGAUGAGCGAGUGAGUGAGUGGACUGGGCACCUAUUUAUUAUUAUUAUGUAUGCACUUGAUCGCUCGAUCGAUCAACUUUUGCACUCGACAAAUAAUAAUGGAAUGAAUAAUGGCGAUCUAACCACCACCAGCAGCAGCAGCAACUUAAAAGCACAAUCAUAAUCAUGCAUCCCCUCCUCAUCAUCAUCCCCAUCCUCCUUGCCUCUUCCUCGGCGGCGGCGGCACAAUGCCAUCCCGACGACGAAGCCGGUUUACUGGGCUUCAAGUCGGGCAUCCUGUCCGACCCCUCCGGCAUGCUGUCCUCUUGGAAAAAGGGCUCCGACUGCUGCAAAUGGUUGGGCAUCACUUGCCUCUCCGGUACCCGCGUCACCGCCCUCUACCUCUCCGGCCAGCCCAACAACCGCACCACCGCCUUGUCCGGCACCAUCUCGCCCUCCCUCUCCAAGCUCUCCCACCUCGGCGGCCUCUAUCUCCUGGAUCUCAUCCAUCUCUCCGGCCCCUUCCCCACCCUCCUCUUUGCCCUGCCUGCGCUGCAGUACGUCUACAUCAACAACAACAACCUCUCUGGCCCCUUGCCCCCAGACAUCGGCGACAAGCUCGCCCGACUGGACGUGCUUAGCCUGGAGGCCAACCACUUCUCCGGCCCGAUACCCGCUUCCGUCGGUCGUCGGAUGGCUAACUUGACCCGCCUCCAACUCGGGGGCAACCGCCUCACCGGCGCCAUCCCCGCCACCAUUCAACAGCUCAGGAACCUCAACCAGCUGCGGUUGGAGCGCAACCAGCUGUCGGGGCCGGUACCGGAUUUCUUUGCCCACCUAACCCAGCUGGGAUGGAUCAACCUGUCCCACAACAGGCUCACGGGCAGCAUCCCGCCCAGCAUCUCAGCACUAGCCUCGACGCUGAGCUAUCUGGAGAUGGGGCACAACUCCCUGACGGGCCAGAUCCCAGAAUUUCUGGGGAAAUUCCGCGCCCUGGACACGCUGGAGCUGUCGUGGAACCGCCUCUCGGGAGCCGUCCCCAAAAGCUUUGCCAACCUCACCAAGAUCUUCAACCUGGAUCUGUCUCACAACCAGCUGGUGGACCCCUUCCCGCAGAUGUACGUCAGGGGCAUCGAAUCACUGGAUCUGUCGCACAACCGGUUCCACCUGGGGAGCAUCCCCCGGUGGGUCACAGCCUCCCCGAUCAUCUACUCUCUGAAGUUGGCCGGAUGCGGAAUCAAGAUGAGGCUGGAGGAGUGGAAGCCUGCCGAGACCUACUUCUACGACUACAUCGAUCUGUCGGAGAACGAGAUCACAGGGAGCCCGGUGCAGCUGGUCAACAGAACGGAGUAUCUAGUGGGGUUCUACGCAUCCAAGAACAAGCUGAGGUUCGACUUUGAGAGCAUGAGGCGAUUCCCCAAGAGCUUGAAGGAGCUGGAUUUGUCGCACAACUUGGUGUUCGGAAAGGUGCCCGGGGCGGCUUCGGCUCCAGGACUGGCAAAGCUGAAUGUCAGCUACAAUCAUCUGUGCGGGCAGCUGCCCCCAACGAGAUUUCCAAGCAGUGCAUUCGCCGGGAAUGAUUGCCUGUGUGGCCCUCCGUUGCCAAAAUGUAUGUAGCAAUAGUCGGGGGCGGACUAGGCUAUGGUCGAGCGGCUGGACUGGACUGGACUGCUCUGCACUGCACUAUCUAUAUAUGAAUAUAUAAAUAAAGACGAGAAAUAAGUCCCGCAUUGCUGGCUGAUUCGGACUCGGAUUGAUUGAUGCAUCCGGCCCAGACCAGACAAGACAGACAGAUAGAGAUGAUGAUAACUGUACUGCGGGUUUCUUGCUUGUUGAAGGGAGGGACGGAUUGUUUCCAACUAACUUACAUCAGUAAUUAUGAAUGGAUUCCCCGUUCAGAUGCACAGUUA